AUGGUUGUUUUUUUUUCAAGGGGAGUUGCCCUAGAGUCAGAAGGAGUUUGUCCAUGUCCUUGUCCUAAAAUAUAUCAACCAGUCUGUGGAAGUGAUGGUAACACUUAUGGCAAUACCUGUGACCUAGAAUGCAAGGGAGUUGACCUGGCCUCAGAAGGAGCUUGUCCAUGUCCCUGUCAGAAAAUAUAUGAACCAGUCUGUGGUAGUGAUGGUAAAACAUAUGGUAAUAAAUGUGAAUUGGAUUGCAAUGGUGUAACUCAAGUGUCUGAAGGGGCGUGUCCUUGCAUCUGUCAGUCUAUAUAUGAACCAGUCUGUGGUGCUGAUGGUAAAACAUAUGAUAAUAAAUGUACUCUAGAAUGCAAGGGAGUUGCCCUAGAGUCAGAAGGAGUUUGUCCAUGUCCUUGUCCUAAAAUAUAUCAACCAGUUUGUGGAAGUGAUGGUAACACUUAUGACAAUACCUGUGAACUAGAAUGCAACGGAGUGAGACAGAUAUCUGAAGGAGCUUGCCCAUGUGCUUGUCCCAGAAUAUAUCAACCAGUUUGUGGCGCUGAUGGUAAAACUUAUGACAAUAAGUGUACACUAGACUGCAAGUAA